AUGCCGCAGCGGAGACACCUCUCCAUGACAACACCUGUCGCUGACAACACAUAUGAAAAUAAGAGGAAGUCCUGGAAGGUUAUAGAUGGCUCUUUGUUGAACAGUUAUUCUAAUGGAGAUUGCACUCUGACAAAGAAGGACUUAGAAAAAGUAGGAUCCUUGGUACUACUCCAGUUAAUUUUCAGAUGUGCUACAAUCGAGGCUAUGAAGGUCAGGCAAACACUCUCAUUUGGCUAUGAAGGGAUGCAAGGUCAGUAUGUGACUGUGACAAUCCCUGGAAGAAAAGAGUUCCUCUCACUCUGUGAAUUGCAAGUGCUUGGCCAGCCGUGGCUUUAUGUUGAUGAAUGGACUUAUGAGUUGGAUAUGAUAAGACCAAUGGUCAAACAACAGUACUUUUCUAGAAGAAUUCUGAUUGGAGGAUACUGGUGCUCAGAUCUCUACGGCAAAGCCUUUAUUUUUCCGAAGGAAACAGACACUAGUUAUGUUCUCCUGUCUCCAGAUCUGCCCUUGAGUCUUCAAGCAUUUACACUUUGCAUGAAGGUGGCCUCAGUGUUACCAACCAAUCGGGAAAUCAUUCUUUUUGCCUACCGCACCAAGGACUAUGAUGAACUUAACAUGUGGCAAGAGUUUAAUGGCACCUUCAGUUUGUACCUGAGUGGUCCUGGGGUGUCCUUCACUCUCCCAGCACUCAACACCUUUGGGAACCACAUGUGUGUGACCUGGGAAUCUCAGUCUGGUCUCAUCGCCUUUUGGGUAAAUGGUAAAAGGAGCCUCAGACAAGUGCUGAGACCAGGGCAUAGGAUCCAACCAGAGGGCACUGUGAUACUGGGGCAAGAUCCGGACUCUUUCUUGGGCAGCUUUGAGAAGGCCCAAAGCUUUGUGGGAGAAAUAAGCAACCUUUAUAUGUGGGACCAUGUCUUAUCACCCUCUGUUAUCGAGCGCGUUUACCUCGACUACUCAUUUCCCAAGGGAAAUAUUUUUGAUUGGCAAUCAUUAUCAUAUAAGUGUACAGGAGAUGUGAUGGUGGAGUGA